ACAGUUCCUUAUCGAGCAUAUUACACUGUGACUCAAGGAAGUGACUCCAUUCGAGCCUUGUUUUUAUUAUUCUGAGCUAACUGUCAACCUGUAAGCCACCUGUUUUAAACUUAAACGUCAAGAUGUCGUCAGACUUUGAAGCCUACGAGCAGGACUUUGGGACAAUUACAGCAGAAGUAACGAACAAAAUUGGCAGAAUUCCCAAAUUAAGUGGAGAGGAGAAGACACAGCUGGUUCUAAAUGUCGACAAACAGCUUGAAGAAGUCAGAGAGUUGCUGGAGCAAAUGGACCUGGAGGUGCGGGAGAUCCCCAUCCAGAGCCGAGCCAUGUACAACAGCAGACUGAAGAGCUACAAGCAGGAGGUAGAGAAGCUCGAGAAAGACUUUAAAAGGUCACGUAUUGCCUACAGUGAUGAGGUGCGCAACGAGCUCCUGGGGGAUGACGCCAGCUCCUCUGAGAACCAGUUGAUAAAGUUACGAGAAGAGAGAGCACAUCUGUUGGACAACACAGAGAAGCUGGAAAGGUCAUCACGUAGACUGGAAGCCGGCUACCAGAUAGCAGUAGAAACUGAACAAGUGGGUCAGGAGAUUCUCGCCAACCUUCACGGUGACCGUGAGAAGAUCCAAAGAGCCAGAGAAAGGCUGAGAGAAACAGACGCCAACCUGGGCAAGAGCUCUCGCAUCCUUACCGGCAUGCUGAGAAGGUAAGAGGCAGGAUCAUCCAGAAUCGCAUCCUGGUCUUCAUCCUCGGAGCCAUCAUUCUUCUCACCAUCAUCCUGGCCAUCUAUUUCAAUCUGCGAGGCCACUGAUCUCCUGUACACGCACACGCACACGCACACACACACACACAGAGUUUCUCCCCCCCCCCUGACACAAAUACAAAAACACACACUCGUGAUUAAUAGCGACAAAAGCGUUGCUCUGCUGUAAUUAGAACAAAUGGUCCCCAUGAAUCACUCUUUCCAAAGCCUGACAGGGAGCUUUUUUCCAUCUCUUUCUGCUUUCCUGUUUGGUGUUUCUUUCUCAUUUCUUUCUCUCGCUACCUUUUUUUCCACUUUGUGCUUUUUUUCUUUCUUCUUUUUUAGUUUCUCCUCUCAGUUUUCUCUCCCUCUCUCUGUCAGACAGGCUCUCUGUUACAUCUUUCGGGACAAGAAUGCAGGGGCGAUGUUUUUAUGUUGGUUCAUAUUUUUCAUGGCGUCGUCCUCAGUGUGGUUUUACAGCCCAUCCUGUCCCCGGUUGAACAGGGCCUGAGGAGUUCUUUUGCAACUCAGAUUCAGAUUAGGAGAUUAUUUUAGCAGCAGCGAGGAGGAGGUGGGUCAAGUAUUGUCCAGAAUGUGUGUGCGCAUGCAUGAGAGACGUGGGGACCCACACUGUAUCAUUAACACCAACAGCAGACACACAAACUGUACUAAAGCAUGUAUGAGAGUCAGCUGUUCACCAUGUAGCCCCCCCCAGACAGCACAGAGGACAGUGCCUUCAGUUAAGAUAUGCUGUUCACGCUCCUACUUUAAAAAGCUCAGCAAAGCCGAAAAUAGAUGAGUGGCGCUGCAUGAAAAAAGGAAGAUGCACGUAAAAAGGUUGAGGUCAGUUCAACUUCAGUUCAGUCAAACGAGUUGUUAUUUUGUAAGCUGGAAACUGGGCGAAUGGGGGUGGGAGAUGCGUCGGGCCCCUUCCUCUCGUUCAGACGGAUUUCCCUCCAACCUUUAUGAACAGUCUUUGGUUUGACAUUCUGUGAUCCGUUGAAUGACGUAGGCUAGCAGUCAGUAAACUUUCAUUUAUUUCACCAUAGCGAUCCACUAAGACUUGAUUCUGGUGAGAAAUAAGCGACCCAGUUGGCGUACCUGCGCAGAUAUUAGGCCCACAGGGUUUAUUUCAAAGUUUCAUGUGACUAUCAUAAGGCGUAACUGCACUCCUGGUGUUUCGGAAACAUUCGUAGACGAAACAUUGUGAUGUUAGCUGUGACUUCAUCAACUACAGUACAGUGGGAGCGAUCAGGCUUGCUUUUCAUCUGUGCUUUGCGCUGUGCGUUGUCACACAUUGCUUUUUUUAAUUACAGUUAGUGCAUUCAGGAAAGGACAUAAGACAUAUUUUCAAACAAAGCAGAUGAAUAAAAUUAAAACUAUAAAAAGGACCUGACCCCAACCUUUGCACAUCCUGCACCCCCCAAACACAGAUUACAGCUCCUUUCCAUGGACUUUUCAACUUAACUAUCAUUGUGUAAAAUUAUGGACAUGAGACUGUACGUACUAACAUUUAAAUCUACUUCAUGUAUAGUGUUUUGCUUCUCAAUGCAAGUGAUUCUGUUAUUUAUUUAUAAAUGCAUAAAUGAGUUUUCAGUUAAAGUUCCUGUGCUAGAACUGUAUAUUUUGUGAAGUUAAAAGGUAUUCAGAAUUAACAUUAGCGUCUUGUUUUUGUUCUUUUUUUUUUUUCUUUCUUUCUUUCUUGAUUUUGGGAUUUUGGUGAUUAGACUAAAAUGCAAACACCAGGACCAACUGAAAUGUGUGGAUUUUUAAGUUUCGUGUCUUUCUUAUAAAUGGAUCUAACUCAUUUUAGGAUUUGUACUGCUUUCUUCUAUAUUUUUCUUGUCAGGUUCUCAAGAUUGUUAUGCAGUCCUCGUUUCUGUGUUUAUCUGUACACUGACUGAUGAUGUGAUACAUUUGCAGGUGUUUGAAAAAAACUGUGUGUGUGAGUUUUCUGCUGUUUAAUUCUUCUGGGGAAAGCCAUUCUUCAGGGGGUCUUGGAAAAUCUAAAUUUAAGAGCAUAUUUGGAGAAUUUUCAGAAGUUGAGAUACAGGAAGGUACUGCUGUACACAAACACACACACACACACACACACACACACACACAGUGGUGGAGAGUGUUGGUAAUGUGCGUGUGUCUCCUGUGGUUGGUGUGGUGGUUCCCGACGAGGACAUUUGCUAUUCUGUUUCAGGGCCACGGUCUUCAUUUUCACAGAUACGGGGGAGUCGAGGUGGUGAGUGCCCCCCCCCCAACACACACACACACACACACACACACACACACACACACACACACUCCUACCGACCACCAUUUCACAGGCCCUCACCAGCCGCAGUGCCGCCGUCUGCUUCAAAGCCUCAAAUUAAUGGCCAACAAAAUAGUGCGCCUCUGACCGUCCCAUGCGGGGCCGACCCACCAAGACUUAUCAUUAAAGUGAAGGAAUAAUGAAAAAAGGAAGGAAGGGGGAAAAAAAGGAGGGAGAAGGAAGGAAGUGAACAAGGAAGCAUGGUGGCGGGGGGGAGGAGGGGGGGUGGGGAGUUGAAAUCCCUUGCAGUUUGACAAACCUCAUCUGGUAAUGACCCUCAGUGAUUGUUUUUUUCACCCAGUGCACAGUGAGCGUGUGUCUGCCUACGUGCCCAUGUGCUCUCUUCUCUUCCUCUCUCUCUCUCUCUCCACCUCUCCUGCUACCUUCUCUCCUCCCCUCCCGCCCUCCCUCCCUCUCUCUGUCUCCCAGCCUGUCAGAUGAGCGGUGCAGUAGCUAGCGAGUGAGCGGUGGAAGGCAGCGUGGCGGCGGCUUCUAUUUGAAGUUGUAAUGGUGUCAAAAAGUCAGGGCUGACUGACAGACGUCAGUCCCACAGGGCCUCAUUAAAAACAGACCCACUUGACAAGGAAAUAAUUGAGCGCCGGCGACAACUCGGGGGCCCCUCUGCGUUUUUAGAUGUUUUUAUUUUCUUUUCAUUAUUAGCGCCGAGCUAUUAUGUUCAUUAAGAAAUGGCAUUAAAACAAGUUUUUAAAAGCGGGCAAAGGGGAGGAGGGGCAGAGGGAAGGCAGGAUGCAUGGAGGUGGGAAGAUAACGAUUUGUUUAGAGCCCCCGUCCUGUUGUAUUAUUUAAACAGGAGCACUGUCAUGUGAUACCUUGGCAGACGUCGGCUAUCACCUGCCACUCCUCCCUUUUUUCCACCCUCUUUUUUCUCUCCACUCAUCCCUCACUUCCCCGAACGCCCACCUUUUAUCUUCGUCUCCUAAUGCCCAUUUCUCUCUCUUUCUCCACCUGCCCGUCUUACUGCCUCUCUUCUUCCCUUUCUUUCUCUCCCACUGAGCGGCGGGUGUCGUCGGAAUAUGAACUAGAUUAUUCAUCAGUGCCCCCUACACCCUGCCACCCCCACCCCCCCACCCCCAUACGCCGAUUUGGUUUUCGACAAGCGUCUCACCGCAGAAGGCUCAGGAUGAAAACUUGUCAAAAAUAGGUUAUAUCUUAUUCCAAGGGGCAACAAUAGCAGCAGGUACAGACACCUUUUAAUAUUUAAUUUAGACGGGUGUUAACCCUCCUUAAGUGACUGGAGUUGUGUCUUCCAUGCAGACGCCAGGAGAUAACUGGGGUGGGGGUGGGGUGGGGUGCGAUUAAUUAUUUGAUGUCUGAAAAAUGAUUUUGAAGCUCUCCCUGCCUUCUCCUGUUCGCCAGAGAGGAGGAUCGAGUCAUUGGGUGUCCGUGUUCAUUUGCUACACCAACCACGUCCUCAGCCUGCCCGUCCUGUGAGAGCUUAAACAUUUCCUCCUGAAUCACAUUGAGAUCCUCGCUCUGCUGUUCCUCACUUGAUACAGUAAUGAUAGGACGAGUGAUCCUGUAGCGCUGGUUUUGUUCUCUCAUUUCAUCAGCUGUAAUUUUUUUACACCACCGUCUUGCGUCAGUCUGUCUCGCUAGCAUCCCUUGAGCCCUGCUCAGCAGAUACUCCUGUUCCCCCUGGUCUUUUCUAGUGGGUUCACAUUUUUUUUAAAAAAAAAAUAAUGUUCCUCAACAAGGAACCUCAAUUGUGCACCGCAGUUACAAAACGCCUGAUGUUUGUCAGCCAUUUAAGACGACGAGGGAUUGUGACAAGCGUCAUUUGAGCUGUCUGUCCCCGUGGCGAAGGGCGGGCCUUAAAUGGGAUAAACAGCCCCAAUGGUGGGACCAUGACGGGAGGUGGUGUCCAUGAUGCUGCCACCCCCUACAACACACACACACACACACACACACACGUUAAAGGAGGCCCUGCAACAACAGCUAGCAAAGAAAACCCCACAAUGGCGUGGCUUGAGAACUACAAUGACUCUUCCACAGUUUGAUUCAGCAUACACACAAAAACGCGCUCGCUCUGUCGCACAUAUGGUGAACGCCCCCAUGAUAAAAACACACACACACACACACACUACUGUACGGCUGUUAGAAGAGGAGCCAUGUUCUCCGUUUGUACACGCCACCAGCCCAAGCAGAAUGGCUUUCUUUCUCUCCUCGGCUCUUUAUCUGUCUUUUCUUUCGCCCCCAUCAGCGCUGUCGACCAUUUUUAAUGGUGUUUGUGCGCACAAAGAGAUGACAAUGCCCCCCAUUAUUUGAGGAAGUCACAGGCGCUGCAGCCGUACAUACAUGGACGUCUGUGUGCAUGUGCCUGCAGUAUGUCUCCCUGUGGUUGAGAUGGAGCUGAAAAGGAUACGUUGAAUUGUCCGUAUGCACAAAUAUCUGUUUGUGUCCAUCCCGUAAUGUCCGCAUGACUCAUUUGUUUUCUGUCGACCCUCAGUUCAGCUUGUUCUCUCGGCGUAACCAAUCAGACUGUGAGCUGCUCCUAAAACUAUAAAGACUUUUGUGGUCUCUGUCAGUGUCUUUUAACAUCUGUUAUUAAAGCAGCUCUGAAUCUGA